AUGCACGCACGCGCGAUCGCGUCGUCGUCCGUCGCGCACGCGAGACCGGGGUCGACGCGACACGCGCGCGGCGGUAACGGCGAGAGCGUGACGUCGACAUCACGCCCGGCGGCGCGUGUUCGAGGUAAACGCGCGGUCGCUCGAGCGGUGGCGCCGGCGGACGAGGGCGAGAGGGACGUGACCGACAUCGAGAUCAACCUCGGUCGCGCGGCGAUGCUGGGGUUCCUCGGGACGACGCUGGGCGAUGUCAUUACGCGAGGCGAAGGGCCCAUAGAACAGCUCGAGGACGAGGCUGCGUACGUGAUAAAUCACGUCAACCCCGUCGAUCUCACGAGAGACGCUCUCGAAGUGGCGGGAAUAUACGUUGAGUCGGUCAUCUUGGUGUGGCUCCUCCUUGGAUGCGCGCUGUUGCUCGGGGUCUCGCAAGGGAUGCGAAACCCGAUCCGCACCGUGAGCGGCCGAACGACCAAACAACGUUCCGAGGCGGCGUUUGGGGAGAUUGAAAAAGCGUACGAGACGAACGUGAAGGAACAGAAACCGUACGAACUAUUCAACGGUCGCUUGGCGAUGCUCGGGUCGGCGUUCGCGCUCGUUGGAGACGUCCGAACCGGUGGGCUCGGACCUCUCGAGCAAGUACAAAACGAAGUUGGCAUUCCCGUCAUCGACGAGGAAAUCUUUGCCGUCAUUUUCCUCGGUGGCGUCGCUUUGAACGUUGUCUCCACGGGUAUCACCGCGUUCCGCCGCGCCUAUGCAAAAGGUCGCGAGUGA